AUGGACGACUCCAUCCAGCGAAAAAUCGAACUCCAAUCCCCAGACGACCUCCGGUACCUCAUCACCAACGUCCGUAAAGCAGCGACCGAUAGCAUCAACGCCGCUUUCCCCCCCUACAUAACCCGCCUCUUCACCCUCUCCCUCCCCUCCCUCUCAAUAAACGGCUCCCUCUCGGCCCCCCCCUCCCCCAAAACCCUCUUCUCCUCCGACCCGCAAGACCACCACAACCCCCAAACCGACCACUACGAACCCUUCGACCCCCGCAAGCGCGACAGGAUCGAGUCCCUCGUCUCCCAAGAGGAAGACCUCCUCCGCUCCAUCGCCCAGCUCAAGCGGCGCGUCCCCGCCGCGACCGCAUCCGCCUACAUGACCGCCACAAACGCCCAGAUAGCCACAGACGAGGAGAUGCUUUCGGCAGUGCUGCAACGGGCGAGGGAGGAAGGGUUGGAAAGCGGGAAAAAGGCACUCGAGGGAAUGGGCGAGUUGGAUAGACAGGAGGUUGUCGAGGGGACGUACACCAAGGCGGUGGAGACGCUGGGGAGGCUGAAGAGAGACAUGCCCGCUGUUGUGGCCAAGAUGGAGAGGGCGAGGGUGGUGGGUGGGUAUGUGGUUGGUAAACAGAACAAGUCAUAUAUAUAUGUAUAUAUAUAUAUGUAUCCAGGUCAGGAGACAGAGGACAAAGGAGGCGUUACGGAAAAUAAUAAUACCCCCCACCAUUGCUACACUUCCUCAACCAAGAAAAAACAUUACUAUGCCAUUCAAGUCAAGAGAUAA